CUGCACGAGCGCCCAGGACCUGCCCCGGCCUAACAGACGCCUGGCUCAGUCCCAGGCGCGUCCCCUUUCUUUCUCAAGAUGGAUUUUCUGGGGAAAACAGGUUUCUGGGAGCCUCGUGGCAACUCCUGAGAGCCCGGCCGUCCCUCUGGGCACCCGGCCUCAGCAUGGAGACGCCCCCGGGCGCCGACAACGGCACCGCCACGGGCCUCGACCUGCCCCGCGUGCUGGCCAACGGCUCGGCCGCGCUCUCAGAGCAGCAGCAGUACGCCAUCGGGCUCUUCCUGUCCUGCCUCUACACCGUCCUCCUCUUCCCCAUCGGCCUCGUGGGCAACCUGCUUGUCCUGCUGGUGAACAUGCGCUUCCGGGAGAGGAUGACCAUCCCCGACCUGUACUUCAUCAACCUGGCGGCCGCGGACCUCAUCCUGGUGGCCGACUCCCUCGUCGAGGUGUUCAACCUGGACGAGCAGUACUACGACACGGCGGCACUCUGCACCUUCAUGGCGCUCCUGCUGCAGGUCAACAUGUACAGCAGCGUCUUCUUCCUCACCUGGAUGAGCUUCGACCGCUACCUGGCCCUGGCCCAGGCCGUGCGCUGCGGCCCGUUCCGCACCAAGCCCCGCGCGCGGCUGAGCUGCGGCCUCAUCUGGACGGCCUCCGUGUCCGCCACCCUGGUGCCCUUCGCCGCCGUGCACCUGCAGCACAGCGGGGACGUGUGCUUCUGCUUCGCGGACGUCAGGGAGGUGCAGUGGCUGGAGGUCACGCUGGGCUUCGCGGUGCCCUUCGCCGUCAUCGGCCUCUGCUACUCCCUCAUCGUGCGGGAGCUGGUGGCGGCGCACAGGCACCGCGGCCUGCGCCCGCGGAGGCAGAAGGCGCUGCGCAUGAUCCUGGCCGUGGUGCUGGUCUUCUUCGUGUGCUGGCUGCCCGAGAACGUCUUCAUCAGCGUGCACCUGCUGCAGCGCGCGCCGCCCGGGCCCGGGCCCUGCCAGCGCUCCCCCCGCCACGCGCACCCGCUGGCCGGCCACGUGGUCAACCUGGCCGCCUUCUCCAACAGCUGCCUCAACCCGCUGGUCUACAGCUUCCUCGGGGAGACCUUCCGCGACAAGCUGCGACUCUACCUGCAGCAGAGGACGGGCCUGUCGGCCCUGAACCGCCUCUGCCACGCGGCCCUGAAGGCGGUGGUCCCGGACAGCGCCGAGCAGCCCGAGGUGAAGUUCAGCAGCGCCGUGUAGGGGGC